AUGAAGUGGAUCAAGGGCGCGCUCAUCGGCGCCGGCUCGUUCGGGUCCGUCUUCCUCGGCAUGAACCCGACCAUGGGCUCCCUCAUGGCCGUCAAGCAGGUCGAGCUCCCGACGGGCAACUCGCACAACGAGGAGCGCAAGAAGAGCAUGCUCGAGGCUCUCGAGCGCGAGAUCGAGCUCCUCAAGGUCCUCCAGCACGAGAACAUCGUGCAGUACCUCGACUCGUCGACCGACGACAAGCACCUCAACAUUUUCCUCGAGUACGUGCCCGGCGGGUCGGUCGCAGCGCUCCUGCAGAACUACGGCGCGUUCGAGGAGGCCCUCGUCGGCAAGUUCGUGCGCCAGAUCCUCACCGGCCUCGACUACCUCCACGAGCGCGAGAUCAUCCACCGCGACAUCAAGGGCGCCAACAUCCUCGUCGACAACAAGGGCAACAUCAAGAUUUCGGACUUUGGCAUCUCGAAAAAGGUCGAGGACAACCUUCUCACCGGCGCCAAGGUGCAUCGCCCGUCGCUCCAGGGCUCGGUCUACUGGAUGGCGCCCGAGGUCGUCAAGCAGACGGCCUACACGAGCAAGGCCGACAUCUGGUCACUCGGCUGCCUCGUCGUCGAGAUGCUCACGGGUGCGCACCCGUGGGCCAACCUGACCCAGAUGCAGGCCAUCUUCCGGAUCGGUUCCUCGAGUCGCCCAACCGUCCCCGACGACAUCUCGACCGACGCCGACGACUUUCUCGAGCAGACGUUCGAGAUCGAGCACACGGACCGCCCGUCGGCCAAGGAGCUCCUCCAGCACGCCUUUAUCCGCGACCCCGACGCGUGGGCCGCCAGCCAGCAGACGCCGACGCGUGCGACGUUCAGCCAGCAGAGCAGCACGGUCUCGGUCGCAGCGGUGGCGCCGGUGGACGCCCCGGCGGGUCCCGCAGGAGAGGUCGCGUCCAAGUGA